AUGUACCUCUCGUCCCGCCAACAAGUCUGGAGAUCUGCCGCCGUCGUCUUGCUGUGGGAAGGUGCACAAGCACUUCCUAUAUUCGAUCGUGUUGCCGACUUCAUCGAACACCGACGACUCGAGCACAAGAUCCGCGCUCCAGUCCCCGGAGAGAACGACCCCGUCAUCAGCCUCUACGCCUUAUACCGCGCCCAUAGUCACCCCGACGACGCCUCCGGAACGUCCCAGCUUGCGGGCUCGCAGGAACACUUUGACCAAGCUGAAGAUUCCCGAGUCUCCACCGCUCUCCUCACCGCUGCCAGUUCCACAAGCACAAGUACAAUCCCCUCAAGUACAAUUCCCACCAGUGCGGCCCCCGUCCCGGAACCACAACAACAGGAGCGCGGGCCCCAGUUUGUAUCCCGAUAUGUUCCUGCCGAUGCCUUCGCAAAUGCAAACCGGGAGCGGGAGCAGACAAGUGAGCCCUCUAUCCACGACCUAUUCGCCGUUUAUGAACCGGGACUUCCUAGCCAUGAGUCCCAUAAGUCCGCUCGUGCCCUCCAACAACCCCUCACCUAUCAUGGGGGCCGCAUAACCAUGUCUCCGCUCCCAUUCUCUACACCCCAGCCGCCGUCCUUCCCCAAACUGCAAGCCCACCACAAGACGCAGCAGGGUCGGUUGCCAAAGAAUCGGCUUGGGAACGCGCAGUUGCCGCAGAACGAUACACAUAACCCCGAGACUGCAUCGCCAUCUCCACCGAUCACCCUCUCACACCGGACCUGCAAAUCUCUAGUAGCCACCGAACGCGCCCGUCUAACCCAAGACCUCGCAUCGCGCCUCCCCAACUCCCCACUCUUCCGCAUCCAAGAAAUCAUCGCCUUCAUCACACACGAUAUCAAAUACCACGUAACCCUCAAGCUACACGUCUCGUCCUCGCUCCCAGGGUACAGAUUCCGCGCUUUACUUGCGUGA